AUGAACUUUGAAUCACUUCAGACAUUCUUGCGGCCCAAGAUCCAACGGCUAGCUCGAGAUGGAGUGAUAUCUUCGGAGGAUAAUGGAGAUCAGAUCGUGACACUACUAGCCAGGAGAGCCAACGGGAUGUCCUUGUGGGCUCAGCUUCUGGUAGAGUACCUCCUAUCACCCAACCUCUCUAUAAGACAACGCCGCGAAGCCCUCAAGGAUCUUAAUCGACUCCAGGGACUUGAUGCACUCUACCAGGAGAUACUACGAUCCAUCGAGCAAAGCACUUGGCAAGCGGCGCGGUUGAACAUCACUAGGGCUUUUCAAUUCAUCUCAUAUGCUCCCCGACCUCUGCAUAUCAAUGAGUUAGAGGUCGCGAUCACAACACCACUAUCAAGUGCCGUGGACAAAUACGGCACAUUCCCAAAUUUUGAGAAGGCCCUGUCACAAAUGUCCGGGGCACUCAUUGAGCUUGAUUUAGAGAGGAAAGCGAGAUUCGUUCACUUUUCGGUUCUUGAGUAUUUGACCGAUCGAUCUCGUCAAGACCAGUCUCAAGAAUCGGUGUCAAACCUCGUCAAGGAGCAGUCCCUAGCGCAACGAUCGUGUGCAUCCUGUUGUCUAGCAUAUCUGCUUUAUAGCAUACCAGCGGAGCCCUUAGGUGGCGGCCCACAAGUCGUUGCGGACCGUGACUUGCAGAAGAUUCGAUAUCCUUUCUUUGAAUAUUCUGCGCAGUAUUGGGAUUUCCAUUUCUCUGAAUUUCUUCUCGAACUGCCACCGGUGUUGUCACAGGAGUGCGAGUUUUCUAUCAAGCUCGCUUCUGACUUUGCUUCGGCCAAGAGAGCCCUCAUGGAAUGCCAAGACGUCCUCCUAGAGUUACCGUACGAGAUCUGGGAACCCAGCAUUGCAGUAUUCCACAACACGGCAUUAUGGGAAUCAACUCCUGGUUCUAAGAUUCUGGCUUGCUUAAGCGACAGCGAAAGUGGUAUUAUUGAUCCUUUUUGCCUCAAAUCACUCAUCAGUCCAGAUGGCAAACGUCUCGGAAUCAUAAGGCUCUCCAGAGUUCGUCGAGAUGUUAUAGACUGGAUGAUUACAUUUGAAGAAUGGUCCGUUAAUCCUUUUGAAAAGAACUUCGAAGCAGACAUCGCCCUUCCGAAUUUGUCUCUGGGUCCAUUUAUCGAGUCGAUGAAAUGUAUAGAUAAAGGCAAUGACCACAGGUUGCUCUUCGAGCUCCCUCUAGCAAUCGUGCCUGAUUUGAGCCGCAUCGUAGCUCCUGGGUUUGUUGCAACUAUUAAUAGACACUCAGAAUCCGUGUUAGCAAAGAAGAAGUCACCACAUAUCCAGCUACUCAAUUUCACCUUGACGCCAGAGCCCAAGGGCAACUUUCCGUUCGGAUUCCGAGUCCGUCAACUUAAAGAUACCUAUGCUCUGUUUAUAUCCGACUUGAGCGAGUUCAUCAUGACCAUUCAUCAGUCGAGGGAACUUGUCGAUAUCUCCGAAACGUGA